GGAAAAAGCGCAUUUUUGAGGAAAGAAAAAGCAGGCAGGAGAGGAUGUGGUUUGCGUGGGCAAAUUUUGGUGAGAUCGCAUAAGCGAAUGAAUUAAAAAGAAGGAAAGAGAAGCAUCGUCGUCUAUCCUUUUCUCCCGUUGCGUCGCUGCAUUUCCCUUCUCUCUCUUCCUAAAACCCUAAAUCUGCCAUGGAAGGGAAAACCAGUGACUAAUUCAUCAAUCAAAGUGACUUCAUCGUUCGAUCCACUAUGGAGUCGGAGCUCAAAGACCUCAAUUCCAAGCCUCCCAACGGCAGUUCCGCCAGGGAUGACCGUCCUCUCCUCAAGUCCGAGUCUCUAGCCUCCGCUGACAGCAUCGCCGAGAUGGAAAAGAAGUUCGCUGCAUACGUUCGCCGCGACAUCUACGGCACCAUGGGACGCGGCGAGUUGCCGCCGAAGGAGAAGCUCUUGCUCGGUUUCGCGUUGGUCACUCUUCUCCCUAUCAGAGUUCUUCUCGCGUUCACCGUAUUGCUCUUCUAUUACUUAAUUUGUAGGGUUUGUACUCUAUUCUAUGCGCCCAAUCGCGAAGAUGAACAAGAAGAUUACGCUCACAUGAGUGGCUGGAGGAGGGCGGUUAUUGUUUCCUGUGGACGCGCUCUCUCUAGAGUCAUGCUCUUCAUCUUUGGCUUUUAUUGGAUCCCCGAAUCUAACUCUGCUUCUCAGGAAGACAAGCAACAGCCUGAAGAGUCGGACAGACCUGGUGUAAUAAUAUCUAACCAUGUGUCAUACCUGGACAUUUUGUAUCACAUGUCAUCCUCGUUCCCUAGUUUUGUUGCUAAGAGAUCAGUGGCUAGACUUCCUCUCGUUGGUCUCAUCAGUAAGUGCCUUGGUUGUGUCUAUGUUCAGCGGGAGUCAAAGUCAUCAGACUUCAAGGGUGUUUCAGCUAUUGUCACUGAUAGAAUUCGAGAAGCUCAUCAGAAUGAGUCCGCUCCAUUAAUGAUGUUAUUUCCAGAAGGUACAACCACAAAUGGAGAGUUCCUCCUUCCAUUCAAAACUGGUGGUUUUUUGGCAAAGGCACCAGUACUUCCUGUGAUUUUAAGAUAUCAUUACCAGAGAUUUAGCCCUGCCUGGGAUUCCAUAUCUGGGGUGAGGCAUGUGAUAUUUCUCCUAUGUCAAUUUGUAAAUUUUAUAGAGGUGAUCCGAUUACCUGUUUACCAUCCUUCACAACAGGAGAUGGAUGACCCCAAACUUUAUGCCAAUAAUGUUAGAAGAUUGAUGGCUUCUGAGGGUAAUUUGACACUUUCUGAUAUUGGGCUUGCUGAAAAACGAACAUAUCAUGCUGCUCUCAAUGGUAAUAAUAGCCUGCCUAGUGUUUUGCAUCAGAAAGACGAAUGAUAAUUUCUGGCCCCCGUCUCAAAUGAAACGUAGUUCCAUUCGAGUUUUAGUUUCAACUUAGUAUUUGCUUAAGAAUUGUCGGCUUGCGUGAGGGGUAUUUAAAUUAGUAUACAUUCACCUAAACAUCUGAAUGGUACUUAUGUAAUUUUAUUGUAAAUAAUGAGACUCAUAAUGUUUAAUUGACGGUGUUCUAUUGAGGCACACAGUUCAAGAUCCAUUAGUGUUGCUGUGCGUUCACGUUUUCUAUUGUGAUAAAUGACCUGAACUGAUUUGAGAAAAGCCAUGUAACCUUAGAUCUGAA